AUGGCCGACGCGCCGGCCCCCUCCCGCUCCCGCUGGUUCACGGAGACGAAGGACCCCCAGCUGCUGCGGCAGUUUUCUGAGCUGGCGGACGACUCCGUGAAGUCGUUCAUCGGGGACAGGGUGGGUCCCGUCACGUCUACGAUCUUCAUCCUCAACUCGCUCACAGGCCUGUCGUUGCUGACGCUGCCUUACGGUUUCAGCAGGGCCGGCCUGGCAUUGGGCGCCCUCAUACUCUUUGUUUGCAUGGUCAUGGCCUUCGUCACGUCCACGUUCAUGUGCGAAGCCCUCUCCAUUGCCAACGCAUUGCAGUACGAGGCGGCGGAGGUUCGGAAAUUAGAAAACGACCCCGAAGUCCUGGCGAAAAUUCGCAAGGAGAAGGAGGAGAUAGUAACCACCAUUUCGGAGCCGCUGCUGAAGGAGAGGAUGGUUAAGCACCACAACACGGUCGACCUCUUCGUGCACGAUAAUCGGGGGUGCAAUGCCGAACGCGAGUUCAAGAUCCGGGAACGGCUUGAGUUAGGAGUUAUGGGGGAGCAGGUGCUGAAAGGGUCGAGGGGGAGAGUGUGGUCAGCUAUGAUUUACGCGACUGUCAUGAUAUACGUCUUGGGCACCGCCACCGCGCUGGUAGUGACAGUGAACAAGUCCCUUCGGGGCACCAUGUGCUCUGCUGUGGACUUGGCUAGCAAUGGGGUGCACCAAUGCGAUGUGCAUUCCGGAGUUAUCAUCUACAAGUGCUCCGUCGUAGUCACGUUCUUCCUAGUGUUGCCACUCUGCUUCGCUGAUAUCCAGAAGACGAAGAGAUUCACGAUGGGCAUCAUGGUGGUACGCUUCAUCGCCAUCGCUUGCUUGCUGCUUAUCUCAUCCUGGUUCGCAGGGCAGCGAAUACAUAGAGAGGGAUGGAGUGCGGUACAGGGCCAGUUGCCUAUGUGGAACAUCGGCGAGUUCGCGUCCGUCUACGGCAACGCGGUGUUUUUGUACGGCCUCCACCAGUAUCUGCCCAGCAUGGUCUCGCCCUUGGAGAAACAGACGCAGGCUCCGUGGGUGAUCCUGGCAGCGUUUCUCAUCGGGGCGGCUAUGCUACGUGAUCAUCCUCAGCGUGUGCGCCACAGCCAUGGUGGCCUGGGGCGGCGAGGCGCACGGCAGCUGCUCCACCCAUCCCGGCGGCCACUUCUGCCAGAUCCAGGACAUCUACAGCCUCAACUUUGCGCCCGUGAGCCAGGGGCACGGCGCCGUGAGCCUGUUCCUGGUGACGUACCCCGCCAUGGCCGUGGCCAGCAUCCCCAUCGCGGCGAUCACCCUGCGCAACACCAUCUCGAAGUCCAACACGGCGAUGACCCUCGGCGUGCUCCUGCCGCCCUUCGCGGUGGCCUUCUUCACCGAGGACGUGCAGGCCGUCAUCAAGUACGUCGGAGGCUACGCGGGGCUCACCACGGCCACCUUCUUCCCGGUCCUGCUCGUCUGGCGGGGCCGGCGCAUGCUGGACCAGAGCGUGUCCGA